GUCUCUUUUUCCUCUGAGUUGGUUUUCUGUUUUCUUUUUUUCUUUCUUUCUCUUUUUCUCUCUUGUUAAAUAUUAAUAAUUAUUCUUAUUUAAGUAAUUUGUUUUAUUUAAUUAGUUCUCCUAAUCAAGAUGAGUUUCUCUAAUCCUUAUGCUGGUUAUCAAAAUGUUCCCGGAGGUGAUGCUUAUAACCGUCUUUCCAAUACAACAAGUGUUAACGUUCAAAAGAUUUCACAAAAUGUCAAUUCAAUGCAGCGAAUGGUUAAUCAAUUGGGCACUCCCUCUGAUUCGGAAAAUUUACGGGACUCGUUGCAACAAAUUCAACAUUAUACCAAUCAGCUUGCCCGUGAAACCAAUAAUUGUAUUAAAGAGCUCUCCGCCAUUCCACAGCCUCAGAGUAUUUCGGAGCAAAGGCAGCGUCGUAUGUUAAAGGAAAGGUUAACAAAUGAUUUUUCUGAUGCUUUGAAAAAUUUUCAAGUAAUUCAACGGACUGCGGUUCAAAAGCAGAAAGAAAGUGUACAUCGAGCAAGAGCUAAUUCAGGCCUUAAUAAGAUUGGACCAUUUGAAGAUGUUACUAGUCAACAAUCAAAUCAAAAUCUAAUUGAUCUGGCUAGUCCAGGAGCUAUUGGUUCACAGCAAAGUGUUAUACAAAUGGAGGAAGAGGUUGAUUUGGAAACAAUGAGAGAAAGAGAACAAGCAAUCAGAAAAUUAGAGAGUGAUAUUCUUGGUGUUAAUCAGAUUUUCAAAGAUUUGGCAACCCUGGUUCACGAUCAAGGGGAAGUGAUAGACAGUAUUGAAGCUAAUGUUGAAAAUGCCACCUCUCAUAUUGAAGAAGGUGUUCAACAAAUUGCUAAGGCAAGGGAGUAUCAGACAAAAGCACGACGAAAAAAGCUACUGAUCAUCUUAAUUCUUGCCAUAGUUCUUGUGAUUUUCAUUACCAUCAUUUGGACAUCAUUAAAGUGAAUGCUGCUAUUAAAUCAAUUAACAAUUGUUACCUGAAUAUAUCUAUUUGGUUCCUUGGAGAUAUUGAUGGACAAAAAAACCACCCAACCCAAUACAUUCGUUUUAGAUUUGCUUUAUUGUUUUCUUUAUUCUAUAUACAUAUAAUAAUUAUUAUUAUAUUAUUAUUAUUUGUUCUCUUCUUUUUACAUAAUUAUUCGGAUUAUCUUGAUAACAAGUGAACAGAUAGAGAAAAGAGAGAGAGAAAGGCACAUACACACAAAGAUCCACCCACUCACCCGAAUCCAUAUCCACCUUUACACAUCAAUUUGGCGGAAAUUAUAUCAAGAAAACGUCACUUAAGGUGCUCAAAACUCUCAAUCAGCGGAAAUUAAUGAUAAUUAAUUAAUAGAUUUCUCGAUGUGAGAGAAACAAAAAUUCUGCAUGUAAAUUGUUUGAUUGAUUUAAUCUGCAAACAAUGAGAUUUUAAAUUUUAUAAAUUCAAUCUCAAACUCAAUCGAUUCAAAAUUUACAACAAUUUAAAUGGGUGAACCGGAAAGAUUAAGAGUGACAGAGAUUAUUUAAAUUUGAUUGUAUAAAAAUUUAAUUGAAAGAGAGAGAGAGAGAGAAAGAGGAUGGAACCAUUUUCUAUAUUAUUUACGUCCAACAAUUAACUAAUUUUCCCAAUUUCAUUAUGUAUUAAAUUCUCUUUUCUUUUCUUGAGCUGCUAAAUUGUUUAAUAAAAUCACAACAAUUAUCAAA